AUGUACGGACGGCCACCGUACAACGGCGGCGGCUGGCACGGAGCACAACCACCGUUCAACGGUUGGCCUCGAGCAGAACCACCGUACAAUGGCGGAGGCAGCAGCUGGCGUGGUGCAGAACCACCGUUGUACGGCAGAGGCAGCGGCUGGAACUGGGCGGCGCCACCACCACCACCACCACUAGGGUACCAAAACCCUCAUGUUAAUCAUCAUCCUCAAUCUCCAAAUUUGUUCCAUCCAUCAAAUAACCCUUAUUUCCCGGUUCAAAAUCCUAACUUUCGGGGUUUUCCGGUUCAAACGAAACCCAGGUUCCAAUUCCAGCGGCCUCCUCCUUCUCCGCCACCACCUCAGGCUAAGAGUUCCUCCAAUUCUGGUGAGAUUGUUCUCAAAAUUGAUAGAGCUGUAAAGAAGGCGCGGCGAGACCUUGUAGAGGCUGGUGAAAAUGUAUCUACUUGGAAAGUUUCUCAAGCUGCAUUGGCUAUAGUUAAAGCUGAUUCCUGGGAGUCUUUAGGUGUCAAAAUGCAGAAUGUACCCUCUCUCCAUAGCCUCAUACUUAUCGAAGGGAAGAUUGUUGCUUUCAUCCACUGCUUUGUCGCUGUUCUAAGAGUUAUCACAUUGUAUGAUUUGGAAGUUGCCAUAUGCAAGAAUGAGGGUAUUGAGCAGUUUGAAAAGCUGGAAUUGGGUCCUCUGCUGAAACAUCCGCUUAUAAUUCAUUACUUUUCUGUAAAUCCUGGUGUGUCAGAAGUUUUCAAAAUAACACAUGAGGAGAUAAUGUCCUUCCUUUCUGAGUUUAUGGAUGGUAAUGGAAGUACAGUUAUGAAAGUAGAUGAACUUUUGAACUUCAUUGCUGAGAAGAAGUCUUCUGGAUCCAGAGAGACGCUUGGUGUGCGAAUUCAGAGCUUGGGGAUGCAUAUUACAUUUAUCCAGCAAGCAAGGCUGUUUGAAACUAGUGCCAAGAACAAAUAUAUGCAUACGGUGAAAAAAGAGCCCAGUAAAAUUAUUAGGAAACGUCCUAUUCUAUCUGCACAGAAGAAGCAGUUGGAUGAGAAUUUCACUUCCAUCUCUGAACGCAUCACAUCAUUUUCUUCAGCUAAUGGGGAAUUUUGUGGUAAACACAUAAGAUUUAUAUCAUCAGAUUCAGAGGAUGCGAACAGUGAUGGUGAUCAAGAUGAAACUGGAAACAUAAAAAAUUCAGAGCAACCAAGCAUAUGUCCUUACCUAAACGCAUCUGAAGAAAUGAUGCCACUGGGUUUGGAAACUGAAGUCAAGGUUAGCUUACACACAACAAGUGGCAGUGAUAUAUAUAGUAAGGAUAUUAGUCAAUCUGACAGUACCUUUCGCUCCCUUUUGGAUAAGAUCGAGCGUGAUCUCAGGCAAUCCAAGAGAAAACGAAAAUUUGAUGAUAUUCAGAGUCUCAUGGCUUCUCACACAGAAGUAGUCAAAAGAAAAGUGGUUCAGACAAAGCCUUUUACUCGUAGGAAGGGAACAAAAAUUUCUCCGUUGGGGAAUCAAGCCUCAAAUGGUUCAAGCGAUUCAUCACAAGGCAAUGAUUCAAUUAAGAUGUUUGUUAACACUUGGAAAGAGGCAUGUCGGACAAACAAUGUAGAUGAGGUUUUUGAAAGGAUGCUUCAGUUCUAUAAAGUGAAGAAGAAAGCUAAAGUGACGACAUUGUUUUCAUCAUUUCCAUUUUGUGGGUUGCUUCAAGUUGCUGUUACAUCUAUUCAACAUGGGAUGUGGGAUAGUUUGUAUGAUAAGCUCCAAAUGUUUAACCAAUUUGAGUUAACCAGCACAGGCGCUGAAAAUUGUGUUAAUUCCAUAUGCAUUGAGGUUGAAUCACCUGAAAGAGGUGCUACCAAUCACUCUGAUAGGCUCUUGGUGUGUGAAAGUGGUUUCACCGUUGGGGACAUAAUUGGUAAAAUUUCUACAUAUUUUGAGGGUGGUGAUGAUGCCUGGUCCACUGCAAGUUCACACCAUGAGAAGUUUUUCUUCCUCUUGAAUAAGUUUUGCAAGCUUGAAUCUUGGUUGACAGAGCAGUUUUCUGUCAAGCAAUUUGAGUCACUUGGUUAUGGGGAUAUCUGGUCCUUCCUGGAGAAAAAUAUGCCCCUGUUUAGUCAUACUUUACCAAGUUGCUUAACAGGUGACAUGCAUGAGAAACCUUCUCUGGUACCUUCAAUGCUUGAUUAUCAGUUUGAUCUGUUGUUAUCUCAGGCUUCACAAUGCUUAUGGGAGACUGAAGAAGUAGGCAAGCGAAGAAUCUCUGAGUUACUAAUGAGACAAUUUCCUUUAGUCUGUUUAAAAGUAGCUGGAAGUGACUUAAUGAUGGGUGUCGAGGGUUUUAUGAAGAUAAAUAAAGGUGAUAUGACCUUAAAAUCUGUUGUAUUCUCCGGAACACUGCUCAAGGAAGAUGCAGUAGGAAGAUUUCACAAAAAUAUAUUAGAGAAAAUGGGUUUAGAGAAUGGUGAAGGAAACGGAGCUCGUAUAGUUAUGUCCAAAGAAGCGAAGAAAGUCUUGCUAAAAAGUCCAAUGUUGAUAGAUCUGAACUUGUGGUCACAUUGGGAUGUUGUGUUUGCUCCUUCUCUAGGUUCUCUUGCGGGUUGGCUGUUGAACGAGGUAAGCACCAAAGAGUUGUUAUAUUUGGUGACUGCAUGCGGGAAGGUUGUCCGUGUUGAUCAUUCAGCCACUGUUGAUUCUUUUCUGAAUGUACUGCUGCAAGGAAAUCCUUUUGAUACUGCUGUCAAACUGUUAUCUCUUUUGGUCUUAUAUGGUGGUGAAAAAAAUGUUCCUUUUUCACUUCUAAAAUGCCAUGCACGUCAUGCAUUUGAAGUUUUAAUUGAACAUUAUGAGGAAACAAAAUCACAGGAUCCCCUCAAGGAUACUAAAUUUAUGUCUAGACAGGUUAUAAAUGAUAGAAGUACAGUCACUAUAAACAGCAAGGUACCGAGGAGUAAUAGGGUGGAUAGUGCCAUGUCUUUUGUGUCAAGAUUUGUACUUGAUUGUCUGGGCUAUCUGCCAGUUGAGUUUUACUGUUUUGCUGCAGACAUAUUGCUUGCAGGAUUGCAGCCAUUUGUCAAAGAUGCCCCUUCAGCUAUCUUAGGUGAAUGUGAAUGCGUAGAGCAGCGUCUUAUGCUUCAUCGAGUUGGAAUGUUGCUUGGCAUAAUGGAUUGGGUUGACGAUAAACAGAAGUUGGCUUCCAGUUCUGCCUCUAGCUUGUUAAUGUCUUCUGGAUCAUCAUGCUUGGGAGUCACAGAGCUUGAUCUCAGCGAAGACUCAACCGUUAUGCAUGUAGUGUCAAACAAAUAUCCCUUGUCUAGAAGUGGAAUUAGCCUCUCACCCCAUCCAAUGCAGCAAGAUGAAAAUCAAGAAGCCUGCUGCUCUGCUGUUGUAACUAAUGUCCAUCUUGAUAAUUUGGCUGGUUAUGCCAAAAUGCACUCAUGUGAGCUUGAGUGUUCUGCUGCCAGGGUUAUUGAAUCUAUUCAACAAGAAGAAUUCGGUCUGCAGCCUGCUCAAUCACUAGUUGAAAGUGCAUUGUUGAAGAAGCAACAUGCUCGCUUGGGGAGAGCACUUCAUUGUCUUUCACAGGAGUUGUAUUCUGAGGAUUCACAUUUUAUCCUUGAGCUGGUGCAGAAUGCUGAUGAUAAUACCUACCCUGAGACUGUCGAGCCCAGUUUGACUUUCAUUCUUCAGGAUAAAGGCAUUGUAGUUCUAAACAAUGAACGUGGUUUUUCUGCUGAUGACAUCAGAGCACUCUGUGAUGUUGGAAACUCUACUAAGAAAGGACACAAUGCUGGAUACAUUGGCAAGAAAGGCAUUGGUUUCAAAUCAGUAUUCCGGGUAACUGAUGCUCCGGAGAUUCACUCCAAUGGCUUUCAUAUUAAGUUUGAUAUCACUAAUGGGCAGAUAGGUUUUGUUUUGCCAACUGUUGUUCCUCCGUGUGACAUUGACUUCUAUACCAGAUUGGCAUCGACAGAUCCUGAUUGCAAUCAUUGGAAGACAUGCAUAGUGCUUCCCUUGAGAUCAAGUCUCUUGGAAAGGUCCAGCAGAAAAAAUAUUAUAUCAAUGUUUGCUGAUCUUCAUCCAUCAUUACUGCUUUUUCUUCACCGUCUUCACUGUAUCAAAUUUCGAAAUAUGUUAAGCGAUUCUAUUAUUGUUAUGAGGAAAGAAGUUGUGGGAAAUGGUAUUGUUAAUGUUUCCUAUGGAGAGGAGAAAAUGACUUGUUAUGUUGUAUCCCAGAAAUUACAGGCUGACACUAUUCGUCCUGAUACGCCAACAACAGAAAUUUCCAUAGCAUUUACAUUGCAGGAAACAGCUGAUGGAAGCUACAACCCACUUCUGGACCAACAACAUGUUUUUUCAUUCCUUCCUCUGAGAAAGUAUGGCUUGAAGUUUAUACUUCAGGGAGACUUUGUACUCCCUUCGUCCAGGGAAGGAGUUGAUGGUGAUAGUCCUUGGAACCAGUGGUUGUUGUCAGAGUUCCCUAGCUUGUUUGUUAGUGCUGAGAGGUCAUUUUGUGAUCUACCAUGUUUUAGGGAUAAUCCAGCAAAAGGCGUUACAGCUUAUAUGAGCUUCGUUCCCCUUGUAGGAGACGUUCAUGGUUUCUUUUGUAGUCUUCCUCGGAUGAUUCUUUCUAGAUUACGCACAUCGAACUGCUUGUUACUAGAAGGUACAGAAAAUGAAUGGGUUGCUCCAUGCAGAGUUUUGAGCAAUUGGACGGAAGAAUCUCGUAAGCUCUUGCCUGAUAGCUUGCUUCGUAAGCAUCUUGGUUUAGGGUUCUUGCAUAAAGAUAUAAUUUUGCCAGAUUUGUUAGCCAGGGUCCUAGGGAUUGAGAAGUAUGGACUGAAGGUUCUAUUUCAGGUUAUGACUUCUUUAUGCUCUUCAGAAGAUGGUCUAAAGUCAAUGGGUUUGGGAUGGUUAUGUGUGUGGUUAAAUACUGUAUAUAAUUUGUUAUCAAAUAGUGAAAGCUCAGCAGGUUUUGGGACGGAAUCAGAUCUCAUGAGGGACCUUAAGAAAAUUCCAUUUAUUCCCCUUUCAGACGGUAAAUAUGGAUCUUUGGAUGAAGGUGCAAUUUGGUUGCAUUUUCAUUCACUGGGUGCCACAAUUAAUGAUGUGUAUGCACCAGAAACUUUCCCAAGAUUGUAUGCUAGUGUUAGAACUGUGAGUUCUGCACUUCUUUCUGCUGCUGCUGCUCUUGGCACAUCAUGCUGUGGUUCAUCAGUAGUAGAUAAUGUUUCUAUGAUGCUGUACAGAGUUGGUGUCCAGCGGUUAUCGGCGCAUCAAAUAGUAAAGAUACAUAUUCUACCUUAUCUUUACAGAGAACAAAAUGAACAAGGACAUAAAGAAAUUAUGACAGAGUAUCUUGCUUUCUUGAUGAUCCACUUACAGUCAAGUUGCUGCGACUGCCAAUCAGAAAAAGAGCAGAUUAUCAGGGAACUGCGUGACAAUGUCUUUAUUUUGACUAAUCAUGGCUGCAGGCGUCCUGGAGAGGUUCCCAUCCAUUUCAGCAAAGAAUAUGGAAAUCCCAUAGACAUGGGUCGAUUAAUUCAAGGAUUAGAUCUUACAUGGCAUGAAAUUGAGGAUACAUACUUAAAGCAUCCAGUCAACAGAAUGUUAUCUGGAAGUGUAUUAAAGUGGCGAAAGUUUUUCCAGGAAAUGGGAAUCAGUGAUUUUGUACAGGUUCUUCAAGUUGAGAAAAGUAUGUCUGAUGUAUGCCCUCUUCCCAUAAAUGUGACAUGGGAUAAAGAUUUGAUUCCCGUAGGGUCAAUUGCAAAAGAUUGGAUGUCCGAAGAAUUUGUCAAUAUGCUAUUACUACUGUCUUCUACUCAUGACACGGGAAAAUGCAACUAUCUCUUGGAGGUACUUGAUAGAUUGUGGGAUGAUUAUUUCAGUGAUAAGGUUACCGGCUUCUAUUUCACUUCCAAUGGAGAAAGGAAAAUUUUUGAUUCAUCAUUCAGCAGAAUCCUUUGUGAUGUUCGAUGGAUAGCAUCAAGUCUCGAUAAUGAGCUCCACUUGCCAAGGGAGUUAUUCCAUGAUUGUGAGGCUAUGCGCUCAAUUUUUGGUGGUAAUGCUCCUUAUACUGUUCCCAAGGUGAGAAGUGAAAGAUUGUUAACAGCUCUUGGUUUGAAAACCCAAGUAACAGCCGAUGACGCGCUAUCAAUUCUUAAAGUUUGGAGAGCCAAAGCACCCUUGAGAGCUAGUGUGUCACAAAUGUCCAGAUUUUACACAUUCAUGUGGAAUACGAUGAAUACUUCUGAGAGAAAAGUGGUUGAAGAAUUAUGUGAUGCGCCUUGUGUGUUUAUUCCUUUGAAGUUUGGUGCUUCACUUGAAGAUGCUGUACCUGGUGUUCUGUUGUCACUUAAAGAAGUCUUUUGGUGCGAUUCAACUGGUUCUGUGGACCAAGUGAAGAUGGUCAAUACAAAAUUUGUCCAACAACAUCCUGUUACCAGAAUAUUGUGUAGCUUGUACCCAGGCCUUCAUGACUUUUUUGUUAAUAGAUGUGGAGUGGAUGAGUUCCCUCAUUUCCAUGGAUACCUUCAAAUAUUGCUGCAUUUGUCUGCGGUUGCUUUACCUUUACAAGAAGCUAAGAAGGUUUUCCAUAUAUUUCUCAAGUGGGCUGAUGAGCUAAAAUCUGGCUCUUUGAGAUAUGAAGAUGUUGAUUUCUUGGAAAAGAGUCUUAAGGAAAAGCAGUACCUGAUUCUUCCCACUGCAAAAAAUAAAUGGGUAUCUCUCAACCAAUCCUUUGGGCUCAUCUGUUGGUGUGAUGAUGAUAAGUUAAGAACGGAAUUUGAGCAUUUUGAUAAUAUUAACUUUCUCUACUUUGGGGAACUCAAUGAUGAGAAUAAGGAAAUUCUCCGAACAAAAGUUUCGAUCUUCAUGCAUAGAGUUAAUAUUCCUUCUCUUUCAGAGGUUGUAACACGUGAAAUCAUAUAUGAUGAUCCAACAGACACUUGUUUUAUAGCUUCACUGGUUAACUGGGCCCUCCCAUAUGCUCAACAAUAUAUGUAUAACAAUUACACAGACAAGUAUUUGCAGCUCAGCCAGUCUGUAUUUGAGAACUUGAGAUGCCUACAGAUCGUUGUCGUUGAAAAGCUGUUCUACAGGAAUGUUAUUAGAAGUGUCCACAUAGAAUCAGAGAAGCAGUUUGAGUGCAAUUGUCUGCUAGAGGGAAACAUCUUGUAUGCCACUCGAGGAUCAGAUUUUCAUUCAAUAUUCAUGGAGAUUUCUCGUUUGUUCUAUUCUAGAGCUCCUGACUUGCACUUAGCGAACUUUCUUCAUAUGAUCACGACAAUGGCAAAGUCAGGUUCCACUGAGGAGCAAAUUGAGUUUUUCAUUUUGAAUUGCCAGAAAAUGCCCAAGCUUCCUGUAGGUGAAUCUGUUUGGUCACUUGCUAACAUUCCAUUGUCAACUGAUAGUGUGACAUGGCUGAGGACUAGUUGUGCUUCUAAAACAAUUAGUGAGACAAACACUGUGAAUUCCAAGAACAAACCUGGAGGCAACUCAUAUUGCUCAACUAGGAAAACUGAUCAUGGUGGCCAUGAUUCUCGUGCAAGUGUUAUGAAGACACAGGCAGCCAGUAGCAUCCAACCAAGGAAGGAAGAGACUAGCAAAGAAGUUAUAGAAGAAACAUCUACUCAGGUUCCAACUCAGAUCACUUGCGUUAGCAACGAUCCAGCAGCCUGUGCAGACUGGAAAACUGAACAUAGUUUCCAUGGUUCUUGUGCAAGUGUUAUGAGGACACAUGCAGACAGUUAUAUCCAACCAAGGAGGGAGGAGACUAUUGAAGAAGUUAUAGAAGAAACAUCUGCACUGGUUCCAACUCAGAUCACUUGUGUUCACAAUGAUCCAGUACCCGCUGAUGGGAAAACUGGUCAUGGUUUCUAUGGUUCUCAUGCUAGUUUUAUGAAAACACAGGCAUCCAGUGAUAUCCAACCAAGAAAGGAGGAGACUGUUGAAGGAGUUAUGGCAGAAACAUCUGCUCUGGCUCCAACUGAGAUCACUUGUGGUCGGAAUGAUCCAGCACCCACUGUUGACAGGAAAACUGAUCAUGGUUUCCGAGGUAGUGUUAUGAAAACACAGGCAGCUAGUGGCAUCCAACCAAGAAAGCCGGCUUCAACUGAGAUCACUCGUGGUCGCAAUAAUCCAGCAUCUGGUGCAACUUUACUAGGUUCACGAGAUACUGAUCAUGUAUGUAAUAGGCUCAUAUCUUCUACUAUCAACGCUGCAAGUAGUUCUGCUUAUAAUGUGACUAUACCACAAGAUCUGAAUGAUAGUUCAUUUGAUAUGAGAGAAAGAGGUCAGCCUUCAGUAGGCAUGGGUUAUCCUCAACAGGCAUCGUUAACUGGCAGAUUCUCCAGUUAUGUACAUAAUGUGUUGGUGCCGUCUACUGUGAAUGCAGCAAUUAAUAACGUGACAGCACCACAAGACCUGAACUAUAAUUCAUUUGAUGCCAGAGAAAGAGUUCAGUUGUCUUCUGGCAUGGUUUAUCCUCAACAGCCAUUGUCAACUGGCAGAUUCUCUGAUCAUGUACAUAAUGUGCUGGUGCCGUCUACUGUGAAUGCAGCAUUUACUAAUGUGACAGCACCACAAGACCUGAACUAUAAUUCAUGUGAUGCGAGAGAAAGAGCUCAGUUGUCUUUUGGCAUGGUUGAUCCUCAACAGGCAUUGUUUACUGGUAGACUCGGAGAAUCUGCUGCAUUCAAUUACUUUGUGGGGAAAUUUGGCAAGCCUUUUGUGAAAUGGGUUAAUGAAACUAAUGAGACGGGGCUUCCUUACGACCUUCUUGUGGCAGGUAAUGAGUAUAUAGAAGUAAAGGCAACUAGAUCAGUGACAAAGGAUUGGUUCCAUAUUACUUUGAGGGAAUGGCAGUUUGCACUUGAAAAAGGUGAACUUUUUAGCAUUGCACAUGUUGUAUUAUCACCUCAUAAUGCAGCAACAGUGACUGUUUACAAGAACCCAGCCAGACUCUGUUGUCUUGGUAAACUACAGUUAGCUCUUAUAAUACCAAAGUGAUAAACUUUUUAGAUUGUAUACAAGUCUAAUUCAUCUU